AUGCGACCGCCGCAUGCGGGCCCGGUGGUGGCCGAGUAUGGGACGCUGAAGGUAGGCAUCACGGCGCAGCGAUUCGGCGACUGGUGCGAGUCUUUCCGCUACAUUCCGGCGGUGCAAGAGCGCAUUCGGCGGAUCGACAGCGGAGCAACCGUGGAGCUUCUGACGUGCAACCACGAAUUUCUCCGCUUCUUCAUGGCGCCGAGUGCAACACGCGAAGCGCUGAAGACCUGCAGGCCUGUCAUCGCAAUGGACGGGACGUUCCUGAUCCGUGCUCAGAAGGCUACCCUGCUGUACGCCAACGCGAUGGACGGCAAUCAGCAGAUCAUCCCCAUCGCGUGGGCCCUCGUAGAGAGCGAAACCAAGGACACAUGGACGUGGUUUUGCCGUCUCUUUGACAAGCACUGCUCCGACUGGAAGGGACGGGACGACGCGGCCAUCAUCAGUGACCGGGACAAAGGUCUCAUCCCGGCGGUGAAGGAAGUGUUCCCUGAGACUCCGCACUACUUUUGUGGGUGGCACAUGCAGCAGAACGUGAAGCGGUUCGGGAAGACCUCCUCGGACAUGUUGUGGCGGCUUUUGACAGCCCGGACAUUGGAGAAGUACAACGAGCUCAAGGUCGGUGUACGGGAAUCCCAUCCCCUGCUCACGACUUACCUCUACGGUCCGGCGCCUGUGGCCGAUGCGGUCGGUCCAAACCCCACUCCACCAGCUGGUUUCAGUAUUCGCCGCCGCAACGUGCAGCAAACACGCCGGACGCGUGCGACCGCCAACAACAUUGCGGCCGAAGCGGCUGAAGCACGGCGUCGUGCUCGCCAGGCACUGUCGCAGCGAAGCGGCCGCCGACAGAGACAGAGCGGCGCAAGACGACCACCUCCGAAUGCCGCGGCGGCGGGGCCGUCCGGAGCGCCCCGGCCGUCCACAGCACCGUCGUCCGCUGUUGCGACCCGCCCCGCCGCUGCACAUGCAUCAUCCGCCACGCCAGGCCCGUCUGCAACGCCAGGGCCGUCCGCAGCGCCCCGCCCUUCCAUAGCACCGUCGCCCGCUGCUGCGACCCGCCCAGCCGCGGCACAUGCAUGGUCCGCCACGCCAGGCCCGUCUGCAACGCCAGGGCCGUCCGCAGCGCCACCCCCAUACGCAGCACCGUCCCGCGCUUCUGCGACCCACCCUUCAGCUGCACCAGCAUCUUCCGCAUCGCCAUGUGGACCCGCAGACCCGAUGCCCACCGCAACCCCUCGCCCGGCCACUACUGAAGGACCAUCCACAACGCCGUCACCAACCACUCCGUACGACCCAUCUGAUGCAACAGCCCAUCUUGCCGGAACAACCACACCUUCUUCUUCCCAGCCGGCGCCACCUACACUGCGACGUUCUACACCGAUCGUGGUGCCGAGCGGAUGGCGAGGAAUAGCUGCGUGCUUCAACUUUGGCAACAUUGUUCUGAGAGCUGCGGUCCCGGGAGUCACCGCACCAACUGAGGCACCAACCCGAGAGCCACCUCCGACCGCGGCACCCGCCCGCCAGCCACCACCGACCGCGGCGCCCGCCCGCCAGCCACCACCGACCGCUGCACCCGCCCGCCAGCCACCACCGACCGCGGCAGCAACACGUGACACUCCUCCUACAACUGUGGACCCGGGACCCGCGGUUGGGAACACCAACGAGGCUAUUCCCAGCGUGGUAGAGGACGAGGCGACCGUCGUGGAAGAGGGCUCCCUGGAGGACGGUGAGGAUGGUGUCCGGGUCUGA